AUGUACCAUACUGAUAUUCUUACUCCUUUUUCUUCCCUCUAUCUCCGACUAUCUGUGUCCCUCCCUCAGGACCAACCCUUCCUGAGGACGGAGGGCAACUCUCCUACAUAUCACCACAGCAGUGAUGCCUCUCCUCUCCUUCAGACAUCAACAGGGACAGAGAUGCCUUGUGAAGAUCUCAGCCCCUCAGCGUCCAUUCCCACUUCAGUCCAUGAACUCAGGCCUGGAGACAUCAAAGUUGUGGCUGCUGUGGGAGAUUCUUUGACAGCAGGGAACGGAAUAGCAUCCGGCCAGAACAAUAUCCUGGAUGUCCUGCGUCAGUACAGAGGUUUAUCUUGGAGUAUUGGUGGAGAUGAAAACCUAACAACUGUCACCACUCUGCCCAACAUCUUGAAAUAUUUUAACCCCAACUUGACGGGCUACUCUGUUGGUACGGGCAAUCACCUCACGUCUGAAGCUUUCCUCAACCAGGCUGUGCCCGGAGCAAAAACCAGGGAAGUACCAGCUCAGGUGAAAGCCCUGGUAGAAAGGAUGAAGAAUGACUCUAGAAUUAACUUUGAAUUAGACUGGAAGGUCAUCACCCUUUUUAUUGGUGGAAAUGACUUGUGUGACCACUGCUACAACUCUCUGCGCUACUCUGUAGAAAAUUAUGUUAAAAACGUUCGUGAAAGCCUGGAUUAUCUUCACAAAGAGGUGCCUCGGGCUCUGGUGAACUUAGUAGAGCCUCUCCAUAUAAUACCACUAAGAGAAAUGCACAUGGACACGUCACUGAAAUGCCCAACUUGGCUGGUAGAUUAUAUGUGUCCCUGUGUUAUUUUCCCGAAGCCCAACUCUAAAGCUCUUCAGCUGGUUGAGGAUCUCAACAGAAACUAUCAGCGUGUACUGCAUGAGCUUGUGGAGUCAGGCCAAUAUGAUACUCACUCAGACUUCACUGUGGUCAUCCAGCCUUUCUUCAGAGAAGUCCUUGUCCCUCGAAAACCGGAUGGCCAUCCUGAUCGCUCUUACUUCAGCGCUGACUGCUUCCAUCUCAGCCAGAAGUCCCAGACCCUGAUGGCUCGCUCUCUUUGGAACAACAUGCUGGAACCUUUGGGCAAUAAGACUCAUGUACAAGCUUUUAAUGGAUCUAUUGACCUGAUUUGUCCAACCAAGACUUCACCUUAUAUUCGGACCUAUAACAACAGCAAUUAUGUGUAUUCUGGUCCCUCCCCAACACCUGGACCUAUUACGAACUGGGGAAGUGACUUCUCAUGUGUGGACAUUACUCCAUCUGAUACUAUACCAACUUCAGUUCACAAGCUAAGGCCAGCUGACAUUAAGGUGGUGGCAGCACUGGGAGACUCUACUACAGCAGGCACUGGUGCUAAAGCAAAUAGCAUAUUGGAACUCAGCAGAAAUUAUAGAGGAGUAUCAUGGAGCAUUGGAGGGGACAUGUCGCUAGACACGGUCACAACACUACCAAAUAUCUUAAGAAUGUUCAACCCUUCUCUAAAGGGGUUCUCCACAAGUCAGGGAUUCGGGCAGACGGGCUUCAACAUGGCUGCAAGUGGAACUGCGACCUCAGAAAUCCCAGCACAAGUCGAAGCGCUCAUCAAGGCCAUGAGAGAAAAUACGGAGGUGGAUUUUGCAAACGACUGGAAACUUGUGACGCUGUUCAUAGGGGGAAAUGAUCUUUGCAAUUACUGCUUAGACCAAAAUAACCUGUCACCCACGAACUACAGCUACAAUCUAAUGCUCAGCUUGGACAUGCUUUACAAUGAGGUACCAAGAUUGUUGGUAAAUGUUGUGGAGAUUUUGCAGAUUGAUGUGUUGAGAUCAGUCAAGAGGAGCACACUAGCUUGUUCACUACUGCAAAGGACCAGCUGUCCAUGUGUUAUCAGCCCAUUCGACAACUCCCCAGAACUUGAAGACAUCAAACUAAUCAAUUACAAGUACCAGACUGAGAUGCAGAAUCUAAUUUCUGGAGAUCGCUAUAAUGGAAAAGAAGACUUUGCUGUCGUGCUUCAACCCUUUUUACAGAAUUCCUUCAUCCCAUAUAUUGGCGAAGGUGAGGCUGACGCAAGUUUCUUCUCAAUCGACUGUUUCCACAUCAGUGAGCGGGCUCAUGCUGAGAUGGCUAUUGCUCUAUGGAAUAACAUGUUGGAGCCUGUUGGCAGUAAGCAGGGCUACAACAACUUCACAUAUGACCGCUCCAAGAUUCACUGUCCCUCUAAGACCAGUCCCUUUAUCUUCACUACGGUAAACAGUCUCCCAAGUCCACCACAGACCACCACCACUACUGUUCCGAACACCACCACCACUACUGUUCCGGACACCACCACCACUACUGGUACAACCAUCACCACCACUUGCAAUCCUGCAACAACCACUUUUGUGCCAGAGUGUCCCUCCUCCGUACCUGUGUGGGUGCCAGUGGUUGUGGGAAUCGCGAGUUUACUGAUUGGCAUCGCUGUUGCCUGGCUAUUUCUGUCCCACACUCAGCACAAGAGAAUCACAGACAAGAAAGGAGUAGAAAUGAGCGGAACUGAUUUUGUUAUCAGCAAUAGGCAGUAUUAACACAGUAUCAAGCAUUUUUUGAACAUCAGAGGACUGAAAGUAGCUCUAUAAGUAUGCCAUUGCCGACAAAGUCAUUAGGAUGUCGUUGUUUUGAUUGACGUUUGACUUUUUUCAGCAGCUGCUCGUUGCAGUAAAUACACACGUGGACAAAAUUGUUGGUACCCCUCAGUUAAAGAAGGAAAAACCCACAAUUCUCACUGAAAUCACUUGAAAUUCACAAAAGUAACAAUAAAUAAAAAUUUAAUAAUCAAGAUCAGCCAUCACUUUUGAAUUGUUGAUUAACAUAAUUAUUUAAAAAAACAAACUAAUGAAAUAGGGCUGGACAAAAAUGAUGGUACCCAUAACUUAAUAUUUUGUUGCACAACCUUUUGAGGCAAUCACUGCAAUUAAACGAUUUCUGUAUUUGUCAAUGAGCGUUCUGCAGCUGUCAACAGGUAUUUUGGCCCACUCCUCAUGAGCAAACAGCUCCAGUUGUCUCAGGUUUGAUGGGUGUCUUCUCCAAAUGGCAUGUUUCAGCUCCUUCCACAUAUGUUCAAUGGGAUUCAGAUCUGGGCUCAUAGAAGGCCACUUUAGAAUAGUCCAACGCUUUUCUCUCAGCCAUUCUUGGGUGUUUUUGGCUGUGUGUUUUGGAUCGUUGUCCUGUUGGAAGACCCAUGACCUGCGACUGAGACCAAGCUUUCUGACACGAGGCAGCACAUUUCUCUCCAGAAUGCCUUGAUAGUCUUCAGAUUUCAUCGUACCUUGUACACUUUCAAGACACCCUGUGCCAGAUGCAGCAAAGCAGCCCCAAAACAUUACUGAGCCUCCUCCAUGUUUCACCGUAGGGACAGUGUUCUUUUCUUCGUAUGCUUGGUUUUUGAGUCUAUGAACAUAGAGUUGAUGUGCCUUACCAAAAAGCUCCAGUUUGGUCUCAUCUGUCCAAAGGACAUUCUCCCAGAGGCUUUGUGGCUUGUCAACAUGCAUUUUCGCAAAUUCCAGUCUUGCUUUUUUAUGAGUUUUUUUCAGCAGUGGUGUCCUCCUUGGUCGUCUCCCAUGAAGUCCACUUUGGCUCAAACAACGACGAAUGGUGCGAUCUGACACUGAUGUACCUUGGAGUUCACCUUUAAUUUCUUUGGAGGUUGCUCUGGGCUCUUUGGAUACAAUUCCAACGAUCCGUCUCUUCAAUUUGUCAUCAAUUUUCCUCUUGCGGCCACGUCCAGGGAGGUUGGCUACUGUCCCGUGGGUCUUGAACUUCUGAAUAAUAUGAGCCACUGUUGUCACAGGAACUUCAAGCUGUUUAGAGAUGGUCUUAUAGCCUUUACCUUUAAGAUGUUUGUCUAUAAUUUUUUUUCGGAUGUCCUGGGACAAUUCUCUCCUUCGCUUUCUGUUGUCCAUGUUCAGUGUGGUACACACCUUUUCACCAAACAGCAGGGUGACUACUUGUCUCCCUUUAAAUAGGCAGACUGACUGAUUAUGAGUUUGGAAACACCUGUGAUGUCAAUUAAAUGACACACCUGAGUUAAUCAUGUCACUCUGGUCAAAUAGUUUUCAAUCUUUUAUAGAGGUACCAUCAUUUUUGUCCAGGCCUGUUUCAUUAGUUUGUUUUUUUUAAAUAAUUAUGUUAAUCAACAAUUCAAAAGUAAUGGCUGUUUUUGAUUAUUUAAUUUUCAAUAAUUUUUUAUUUAUUGUUACUUUUGUGAGUUUCAAGUGAUUUCAGUGAGAAUUGUGGGUUUUUCCUUCUUUAACUGAGGGGUACCAACAAUUUUGUCCACGUGUGUAGCCAGAUGUGUUAAGUUUCAAAUCAGUGAACUGAAAGCUGCCUACUACUGAAUGAAAAUGGAUCUUCAGUCGUCAUGGUAGCAGCACUAACAGCCUGUUAUAUAUCACAUAGAUUCACAUUUAAUUUUUGGCAUUUAAUAAUGUUUAUAAUGUUUUACAAUGCUAGAAUUAUUUUAAAUAUUUGUAAUUGUUUUGUACUACCCAGAAAUUGUGAAAUAUUCUAUAUGUAAUUGACAGACCUGCAUGAAUCCAGACAUUUUGUACAUUAUCCUAAUUUUUAUUUAUUGAUGAAAUAAAAAGGCUACAAUAUUUCGGUAAUGGUU